CUUGGCUCCUAGAACGUCGCUGCUGGCCGGCGCGCGCCGGGCUCCUCUGACUGCGGGCGCGGGCGGGAGCGCGCGGCGGCGGGGGACCGAGCGGUGGCGCGCGGUAAUCUGGUACCUUCAAAAUGUUUGCCAAAGCAACAAGGAAUUUUCUUAAAGAAGUUGAUGCUGACGGUAACCUGAUUUCUGUAUCAAACUUAAAUGACUCUGACAAGUUACAACUUCUAAGUCUGGUGACCAAAAAGAAGAGAUACUGGUGCUGGCAGAGACCUAAGUACCAGUUUUUAUCUGUCACUCUUGGAGAUGUACUCACAGAAGAUCAAUUUCUGAGUCCAGUGGUCGUGGAGUCCGACUUUGUGAAAUACGAGGGCAAGUUUGAAAACCAUGUGAGUGGGACCAUUGAGACCAUUCUGGGGAAGGUCAAGCUGAACAUUGGAGGCAAAGGCCUGGUGGAGAGUCAGUCUUCGUUUGGAACCCUGAGGAAGCAGGAGGUGGACCUGCAGCAGCUCAUCAGAGACGCGGCCGAGAGAAAAAUAAAUCUGAAAAACCCAGUGCUGCAGCAGGUGCUGGAGAGGAGGAAUGAGGUCCUGUGUGUCCUGAUACAGAAGAUCGUGACGACACAGAAGUGUGUGAUAUCUGAGCACGUUCAGAUCGAGGAGAAGUGCGGUGGCAUGGUGGGGAUCCAGACCAAGACGGUGCAGGUGUCAGCAAUGGAGGAUGGGAAUGUCACCAAGGACACCAACGUUGUGCUGGAGAUCCCAGCUGCCACCACCAUUGCAUAUGGAAUCAUUGAACUGUAUGUGGAGCUGGAUGGCCGCUUUGAGUUUUGCCUCCUCCAAGGGAAGCACGGUGGCUUCGAGCAUGAGAGGAGAAUUGACUCCAUCUACCUGGACCCCAUGGCUUUUCGAGAGUUUGCAUUCGCGGACAUGCCAGAUGCUGGGCAUGGGAAGUCUUCCCAGGAUGGGCCGUUAAGUGUUUUAAAACAAGCAUCUCUGCUCCUGGCGAGGAACUUCCGCCCCUUUGUGGAACUGCCAGAGCAGCAACAGAAAGCUUUGCACAGCCUCCUCCUGGUGGUCUUGUUUGAUGAGGAACUCCUUAUGGUCCUGGAGCAAGUGUGUGAUGACAUGGCUGGUGGUGUCUGCUCCCUGCAGGCAGCACAGGCAAUGGCGGAGCUGAAGCCCCUUCAGCAGCAGGACCUCACAGCCUUCCUGCGGCUGGUGGGGUGCAGGAUACAGGGCGAGCGUCCUGGCCCUGAGGAUAAGGUCAGCAAUCAGAAGCUCUUUGCCACAGCCUACUUCUUGGUCAGUGCACUGGCAGAAAUGCCAGAUAAUGCUGUAUCUCUACUGGGCACUUGCUGGAACCUGAAGAUUAUUCCUGCACUGUGCUACUUGUUCCAUGCUUUGUCUGAUAGUGGAGUAUCUGAUCUUGAAGACCCAAUUUUGGCUCCUCUGAAAGAUACAGAGAAGUUUGGGAUUGUGAAACGCUUAUUUGCCUCAACCAAUAUUAACCUGGAGAGACUACAGUCAUCUGUGAAAGCUGUUGUCCUGAAGGAUUCUCAUGUUUUCCCACUAAUUCUCUGUAUUACCCUGAAUGGACUCUAUACUUUAGGCAAAGAACAUGAGUAAUGCCAUUUGUCAAUCAGAAGCACACAAUAUUGGCAAAGCUGAGUAUGUUUCAGAAUUGUUAAGAUAAUAAUUUGGGAUUUAGGUCUAAUGCAUGUUAAAAGUUGAUCAAUGAAAUGAAUUAAAAAACACAUUAAGUAUUGACUUUCUGCAUUCUGAAUGACACAAGGGACUCUUGAAACAGUUUCAUUCCAUUAGAAUCUCUCCUAUGCUGGUAAAUGGUGGAUACCCACAUCCAAGAUAGAUUCUAGGACCUGAGAAGAGUUGAGAUUCCAACCUAGUGUACAUUCAAACCUUUAUUUUUUCCCCCAGAAUAAUGGUUCCAUCUAUCACUUUCUUACAUUUUCCACUUUCUGUUACAUGUGAACACAGAAUAGUCUUGACAUUUUAAUCCAAAAAUUCAUUUUAAAUUUUGACUGCUGAGGGAAGACAAUUUCUUGUCACAAAAUUGGCUAUGUAUUGGAUGCACUGUACAUAUUUGAUGAUUAAAAAAUAAACUGUAAAUGUUCCUGGA